AUGCGGUCAACUUCACAGGCUCUCUUGCUUGGAGCUAUGCUCCAGGCAGCUAACGCAGUGGACGUCGCUCGCGCUGCCCAACGGAAUCGUGUACGCGAUGUACCAGCAGCAAUAACCGAAGCCCCGUAUGGUAUCAUGCACGAAGCAGAGAUGCUUGUCGGCCACAACGGGCUUCAAGCACGGCAAGCAGCCUCUUCGAGUGAGCCUCUGGUGGUCACUAUCGCGCCCGACGCAACAUGCGGAUACUUGUCUGGACAAGCAGGCGCUGCAGUCACCUGCGGCAAUGGUCGCCCGUGUUCAUGGGCUGGUGUUAGUCGUAGCGGUCUUGUCGGUUGCGGCUCUGACAUCUUCAUCCUUUGUGUUGAGUCUAGUAUAGCCGUCAAUCCUAGCUCAUGCGAUGACGUGUGUCAGAGUAACACUUUCUAUCUUAAAUGCACCGACUCCGAUACGCCUUACUGCCGCACGUAUGCCUUCCCAAGCGGAAUUGCCGACUAUCGCUGUGCAUCCACACCCGUCGGCAAGCCACAAUCUGUCGACUUCACAUACGACGGCCAGAAGAAUGCCAACUUCAAGACUACAACCCUCAGCGACGGCAUCGCUUCAGAGUCACUAAGGGCUACCGCUAUCAACUCUGAUAGCGGUUCUGCUAGCCAGGCAAGCGAGACAGAGACUCAAGCAGAAACAACGACAACUUCGGAAGCUCCUGAGCCUACCAAGAAGAGCAAGUCGACACCUGUCGGUGCUAUCGUCGGCGGUGUAGUCGGUGGUGUCGCUCUCAUUGGCCUCAUCGGUCUUGGUGUCGUCUGCCUGCUGCGUAGACGUAAAUCCAAGCCCGAACCUGCCCCAGCACCAGCUCAACCAGUCAUGGCGCAGCAACAAGCUCCUCCUCCCGCCCCUAUGAACCAGAACCCAUACCCCCAGCAACAACAUUACCAACCAGCUGCACAGCCUUAUCCUGAUCAUAGCAUGGCGGCAUCUCCUGCACCGUCAGAUGCUCGUAUAUCGAUGAUGAGUGGACCUAUGUCAAGUGUCGGUCCAACUUCACCCGGGGGAUGGCAUCAACAACCAUCGCCCCCGCCAGCGUUUCACACACCUGCGCCGGCGUAUGAGAUGGCUGGUCCCGAGGCGCGUGAGCAGGAGCCGGUCUAUGAGAUGGGUUCUGACUCUGUGAAGAAGUGA